GUCAAUUUUUGAGAAAUAAUGUACAGAUAAGCUAGCCAAUUAUUAUUUUUUUCAAAUGACAGCCGUGAGCUUGGCAGUGGUGUUUAUCUCUGAAUUAGAAGCUGUUACACCGUUUCAUUUUUACAGUGAGGCUAUGUUGCAGGAUUGGAUACAAUUGGUCCCGAAGUGGGCAGCUGUGUGAUUCCUCAUUAGCUCGCGGAGACUGCGGUUGUCAUUGAUCAAUUGAGGGAGCGGACGCCGAAGAGUAGACUUGAGAAAUGAUGUGUGAAGUGAUGCCGACUAUUAACGAAGACACCCCCAUGAGUCAGAGGGGCUCUCAGAGCAGCGGCUCGGAGUCGGACACCCACUUUGAGCAGCUGAUGGUGAACAUGCUGGAUGAGCGUGACCGGCUGCUGGACACCCUGCGAGAGACACAGGAGAGCCUGGGCCUGUCUCAGCAGAACCUUGAGGACGUGCUGUACGACCGGGACUCCCUGCAGCGCCAGCUCAACUCCGCCCUGCCACAGGAGUUUGCUGCGUUGACAAAGGAGUUAAAUGCAUGCAGGGAACAGUUGCUGGAAAAAGAAGAGGAGAUUUCAGAAUUGAAAGCUGAGAGGAACAACACCAGACUGCUGCUGGAGCAUUUGGAGUGCCUGGUUUCCAGACACGAGCGUUCGCUGCGGAUGACAGUCGUGAAGCGUCAAGCCCAGUCACCUUCUGGGGUUUCCAGUGAAGUCGAGGUCCUCAAAGCUCUCAAGUCUCUGUUUGAACAUCACAAGGCUCUGGAUGAGAAGGUGAGGGAACGAUUGAGAGUCUCGUUGGAGAGAGUCUCUGCUUUGGAAGAAGAAUUGACUGUAGCUAACCAAGAGAUUGUAGCUUUACGGGAGCAGAAUGCACACAUUCAGAGGAAAGUUGCUUCAGGGGAUGGGAAUGAAACUGAGCUUCUUGAAGGAACUGAAGCCAGUCAGAAGGUCCAUGGAAAGCGCCUGUCGAACGGCUCCAUCGACUCCAUUGACGAGGCCAGCCAGGUGGUAGAGCUGCAGGAGCUCCUGGAGAAGCAGAACUAUGAGCUGGUGCAGAUGAAGGAGCGCAUGUCCUCCCUGUCUUCACGAGUCUCAGAAGUGGAGCUGGAGCUGGAGACCGCCAGGAAGGACCUGCUGAAGUCCGAGGAGAUGAACAACAAAUACCAGAGGGACAACAGAGAGGCGCUGUGCCAGAAGGAGGACAUGGAGGAGAGGAUUACCACGCUGGAGAGGCGGUACCUCAGUGCCCAGAGAGAGUCCACCUCAGUGCACGACAUGAAUGACAAGUUAGAGAAUGAGCUGGCAAACAAGGAGGCCUUCCUGCGCCAGAUGGAGGAAAAGAACCGGCAGUUGCAGGAGCGCCUGGAGCUGGCUGAGCAGAAGCUGCAGCAGACCAUGAGGAAGGCAGAGACACUGCCUGAGGUGGAGGCUGAACUGGCGCAGAGGAUAGCUGCUCUCACAAAGUAUGGUCCAAGCUCUUCUACCUCAGCUGAUGAGUAUCAGUAUGUUAUGGAAGCUAGACUCCAAGAAAUGAACUCCAUACUUAGGAAGGCUGAGGAGAGGCACGGCAGCAUUGAGGAGCGGAUGAGGCAUUUGGAAGGGCAGCUUGAGGAGAAGAACCAGGAGCUUCAAAGAGCACGGCAAAGAGAGAAAAUGAAUGAGGAGCACAAUAAGAGGCUGUCAGACACUGUGGACCGGCUCCUGACAGAGUCAAACGAGCGCCUUCAGCUCCACCUCAAAGAAAGAAUGGCUGCACUAGAAGACAAGAAUGUAUUAAUACAGGACUCUGAAAACUUCAGGAAACAGCUUGAGGAUUCACUCCAUGAUAAGGACCAACUUGCAGGGGAAAUAGAAAAGCUGAGAUCUGAACUUGAGCAGUUUAAGAUGAGAACAGGAUCCUUAAGUGAGCCAACAUUUUCCAGGACUCAUCUGGACACGUCAGGGGAGCUGAGAUACUCAAUGGGUUCCCUUGCUGACAGCCAGUCCGAUCACUACAGGUCUGCCAAAGUAAUAAGGAGGCCUAGGAGGGGCCGUAUGGGUGUGCGGAUAGAUGACCAGAAGGCCAAGUCACUUGGGGACCAUGAGUGGGGUCAGCCUCAGCAGAUCAGUGUCCUUGGGAACCACCCCUAUGAAAGUGACACUGAAAUGUCCGACAUCGACGACGAUGACAGAGAAACCAUCUUUAGCUCCAUGGACCUCCUCUCUCCUGGUGGACACUCUGAUGCCCAGACGCUUGCCAUGAUGCUUCAAGAACAGCUUGAUGCAAUCAACAGAGAGAUCCGUUUGAUCCAGGAAGAGAAGGAGUCGACAGAGCUGCGGGCGGAGGAGAUUGAGAGCCGUGUAGCCAGCGUCAGUUUGGAAGGCUUGAACUUGGCUCGAGUUCACGCAGAGACCUCAAUCACUGGCUCAGUCACUGCCUCCUCCCUGGCCAGCUCUUCACCGCCCAGCGGCCACUCCACACCCAAACUGACCCCCCGUAGCCCAGCCCGAGAAAUGGACCGCAUGGGGGUCAUGACCCUGCCCAGUGAUUUAAGGAAACACAGGAGAAAGAUUGCAGCAGUUGAUGAGGAUGGUCGAGAAGACAAGGCCACUAUAAAGUGUGAGACGUCUCCUCCUGCCACCCCUCGACAAGUCCGAAUGACGCACACACUGCCAUCGUCCCACCACAACGAUGCCAAGGGUGUGUCUGCUACACUGGAAGCUGAAGCCACUGCACUCAGCAGUGUCACCAGCAGCCAAGACUCUCUUCACAAAGCUCCAAAGAAAAAAGGAAUCAAAUCAUCAAUAGGCCGCUUGUUUGGCAAAAAGGAGAAGGGAAGACUUGCACAACUCCACAAAGAUUAUGGUGGACCAGGACAGGACUCGGAGCUUGGUGGACAGGAUGCCGUGGGAUUAGGAAAACUUGGGACCCAAGCAGAAAAAGACAGGAGGCUAAAGAAGAAGCACGAACUCCUAGAGGAAGCUCGCAGAAAGGGGUUACCUUUCGCACAGUGGGAUGGGCCCACUGUAGUGGCAUGGCUGGAGCUGUGGCUCGGGAUGCCAGCUUGGUACGUGGCAGCCUGCCGUGCCAAUGUGAAGAGUGGGGCCAUCAUGUCUGCUCUGUCUGACACGGAAAUCCAGAGGGAGAUCGGGAUCAGCAACCCCCUGCACCGACUCAAGCUCCGCCUGGCUAUCCAGGAAAUGGUCUCGCUCACCAGCCCCUCGGCCCCUCCCACAUCGAGAACACCCUCAGGCAAUGUAUGGGUGACCCACGAGGAAAUGGAAAAUCUAACGGCUCCAACCAAAACGAAGGAGUCAGAGGAAGGCAGCUGGGCACAGACACUGGCCUAUGGUGAUAUGAAUCAUGAAUGGAUUGGAAAUGAGUGGCUCCCAAGCCUGGGAUUACCUCAGUACCGCAGUUACUUCAUGGAGUGCCUCGUGGACGCCAGAAUGCUGGACCACCUGACCAAGAAGGACCUCAGAGUCCAUCUUAAAAUGGUGGACAGCUUCCACAGGACAAGUCUGCAGUACGGGAUCAUGUGCCUAAAGAAACUCAAUUAUGACAGGAAAGAACUGGAAAGGAGGAGAGAAUGCAGUCAACAUGAACUGAAAGAUGUGUUAGUGUGGAGCAAUGACCGUGUGCUUCGCUGGGUACAGAGUAUUGGACUACGGGAUUAUGCAAACAUCUUGUUAGAAAGUGGAGUCCAUGGGUCUCUGGUUGCCUUGGAUGACAAUUUUGACUACAGUAGUCUAGCGCUGUUACUACAGAUCCCAAACCAGAACACUCAGGCACGACAACUUCUGGAGAGAGAGUACAACAAUCUUCUGGCGCUCGGAACAGAGAGAAGACUUGAUGAAAAUGAUGACAAAAACUUCAGAGGAGGACCUUCCUGGAGAAGACAGUUCCAUCCACGGGACAUCCAUGGAAUCAGCAUGAUGCCAGGCUCCUCCGAAACUCUGCCAGCAGGGUUCAGACUGACCACCACAUCGGGGCAGUCACGCAACAUGUCAUCUGAAGUUCUCUUUGAGAUGUUGGACGACAGUCCGGAAGACUUGAUAAUGGACUGGUCUCAAGUUGCCUCAUCAGCACUGCAGAGGUUGGACAGUUCAACAGUGAGGACGUAUUCAUGCUGAUUUGUUAAUGGAAGGAAAAUGGCUGAAUGAUUGUUUCAGUAUAUCAGUGCUUCUGGUACCCAUGUACCUUCUGUGAUGAGGAUCCCUGAUGAGCUCCCUUUACCUGACCAACAUCAGCGAGAGUAAACCUGCAGGUCUCACAUGGUGCCCUGCUGAGCAGCGCUCCAAGAUAGAACACCACGCUGUUUAUUACAGCCAAGUCUGUGCAACUGAGCACCAAGUAGAGGUGCUAAAAAUAAUAUCUACAGAGCUGUCAAAUAUGUUGCAGUUUGUACUGUUUUCUUGUAACAUACUAGUUGAGCGUAUGUACUGUGUAUGUAUUUCUUUUACAAAAACCUGUGUAGGUCCUCUGUAAAUUAAUAUAAAUAUGGCAGUUUUUAUAUUAAAAAAACAAACACACAUUGGGUUUGUGUGAAUAUCCAGACAUCAUUUUCAUGUUCAAAGAUGCUGCUGUUUGUACCUUUUUCCAUGACCCCCCCCCCCAUUGUGACCAGGUUUACAUGUUUAGCAGUGUUAGGACCUUUGAGACAGACUGUUUAGGUUUAUAUUGGGCUUCUAAUCACAACGUGCCAUUUCAUUUUCGCAAGCUGCAAAUCCUGCCAUGUGGUGUACAGUGCUGUGAUUCGUGUCCCAUCUCUGUUGGACAACCAGACACUCGAGGGGAAACUUAACGCACAGCAAACCACUGAAGGCUACUGAUACUACAAGCAGUUUUCAAUGGGGUUCCCCCUCAUUGGACUAUGCCAUGGAGUCAGGUGACUCAGGACCAGUGUCACUGGAGUUCCAGAACCUUCAGUCAGAAUGAGUGAUUCAAGAGUAUAAUGGGCUGGAUCAGAGAUUCAUCCUGCUUUCAGCUGAGCUGGCCUUUGUAUAGACUUCAACCUACUGAAGUCACUUUAUCAGAUGAAAUAACUGAAAGACAGAACUAGCAGUGUGUAAAGAGAGUGUAUAAAAUAUAGUAGUUGAGACAUUUUAAAGAAAAAAUCUAUUGCUUACUAUGACUUUUUUUGGUGUUGCAAUAAUAAUUGUUUAGUCUUUAAUUGCUUCUAUAGGAGAUUCUUAGAGUAAGACCUCUUGCAUAACCUCCCUUGGAUAGUUGCUGAUUUAUUGCUGCCUGAUCUUAGUGCAAGACCUGUCUUUUAGUUAUUUCUAUAAGCAGUUUGAUCUGAUGGAGUUUUGUAAUUUUUUAUUUAUUUUUUUGGUUUAUUUGUUUGCAUGUACAGAUAAUCUUUUUGUUUUAUUUUGUGUCCAUUUUAAAUUGUUGACUUUUUUCUUUGGUAAAAAAAAUAAAUAAAUAAUGAUGAUCAAACAGUUUUUCAUUGUCAAUAAUAAAAUUAAAAUAAUUGCAUGAAAUGCAUUCCUCACACAGCUUGCUGUUUAAAAAGUUGCAGUGACAAUAUUUACCAUAGGGAGGCGCACUUAACCCACAAUGUCAAAACCAUCUUGUGUUCAAUCUAGGAUUUAAAAAUGUGAGGCAAAUAAGCAAAAAUGUAGUGCUGUACAGUAUUGUCACGUGAAAAACAACACCUCCCCCACCUUGGAGGUAACACUACAAGACACUGAAAAGUGGAUCUCAGACCAGUACAGUGGUUACAUUAA